AUGGCCAGCGGGUGCCAUGUCCUGGCUCUGCUUGCUGUGCUUCAUGUGUGUGUGGAGGUGACUGGGUUGUACGGAAGCUUUAGCUCUCCGGGUUUCCCUCACCCGUACCCUGACAACCAGCUCCAAGCGUGGAACAUCAGUGCUCCGGUGGGCCACAGACUCAAACUCUACUUCACCCACUUUAGCCUGGAGCCCUCAGACCAGUGCGAGUAUGAUUAUGUCCAGGUUUUUGUUGAGGGCAAUGAAACCCUGCGCUUCUGUGGAGAGCAGGAGAAGAGCGAUGAAGGCAGCCCCAGGAACACAGUCAUUAUAUCAGCCACAAACCUUCUGUCGGUCGUCUUCAAGAGCGAUUUCUCCAACGAGGAAAGAUUCACAGGAUUCCAGGCUUUCUACACCUCUGAAGUUCCAUGUGAGACCCAAAUUUUGACUGAUCCCUCUGGUGUUCUGAGCAGUCCUGGAUACCCAAACCCAUAUCCUCCUAUGACCAAGUGUAACCACACCAUCACUUUACCAGAGGGCUUCCGAAUCCUGCUGGACUUCUCCGAACCCUUUGAUAUAGAGAGCCACCCGGAAGUCCCCUGUCCUUACGACCUGCUCAGAGGAUUACCAGCCCAAUCCUUCAGUGAUGAGGUAAUAGUCUGUGGUAAUAGCCUGUGGGACCCAACCUCUGGACACUAA